GUCCUUUUUUUCAUUUCUUUUUAUCUCUUUUUUUAUUUCCCUGUGACGUUUCCUGUGCGUAUGUUCCAGUUUAACUACUCUCUCUGUCACCUGAUAGAUCACACCUCGUGUACGUUUUUCUCGUUUGUAGAUACCUUCAUUUUUCACUAACUGGUAACACCAAAUCACGCGGAUCUAUCGAGAUUAUGUAAACGCGCGCGAUGAUUGAUCAUCAAAAGCUAUACAAAAAGCGGAAAGCGCGCCGAGCGAGCGUUCGCUUCGCAGAAGCCAAAUCCACGGAGGAAGUCUCCUCCUCCGGGGGGGGACAAACCCCGAGAUUAACGGGAAGGAAUCUCGGCGCGGGAGGAAUCGCUCUCGACGAAUCGCGGCGAUCGCGUCGCGAAUUCGCUCGCGUAUCCGUCUCAGCAUUUCUCAUCGUUACCCGCCGAGGCUGUGUCGCCGGAGGCUCUGCCGGGUUUCGUUAUCUCGCAUCUCUCCCGGCGCGAUAAUACGAUCGGGCGCAAAGUGCACGGUGCUCUCGGAUAAGCGCGCCGAGAAAGGCGCCUCGCUUUCGGCCCCGCUUUCUCAAUCCGCGCGCGCGUCGCGCGACGUUACAAAAUCCUCCCGGUGUUUCGCAAUUCGAUUCGGACGUGCCGCGACUAACGCACAUAUCGCUAUGAUUGACGGCAGGCUGCCGGCGGCGACGAGCUCGGAUCGACGAGGACUACAACGACUACGACGACAACGACGACGACGACGACGACGGCGACGACGACGACGACCACGGAGGAAGACGAGGUGGAGAGGAGGGGAAGGAGAUGCACCUCGAGGAUUGUCACAGCGAGAGGAGCGGGGAGGACGACGUGCGACGUGCGACCGUGCCUGAGCUGGACCAAGACGACUUCGUCGACGACGGAUCCCUGCCCGAUCUGAUGACCAUGGCGAUGGCGAGCAUAGGCGUCGACGUCGCCCAGCCGCACUGCUGGGCGACCUCGCAAACGGAGGAAGACCUCUUCUCCCCGCUGGGAACCGGCGCGGACCCGCGGGAGUACCUCGACUGGGACCAGGUGCCCGUUGUCUUUCAGUAUCCCCCUAAUGGCGGCGGGUCGCCGGGUGAUAGUACCUGCAGCGAGGCGACCACGCCGAUCUGGAGCAACGCGGUAACAGCGACGACGACGACGACGACGACGACGACGACGACAAAGACGGAUCACGGGGAGGAUAAUUCAGACUGCCAAAAGUUACCCUCGGUAGGAUCGGCCUUCUCCUUCUCGCGCACCUUUUGCAACACGGUCUAUCCGGACUACGGGACGGAGUCGCAGGGCGAUUAUCAGGAUUAUCAAAACUGCCAGGAGGACGUGGUGUCGUUGCUGAUGAGCAUCCAGAACGACAUCGCGGCUCAGAAUUACAGCGCCUCGAUCGGUGACGAGUUCGAUCUUAGUCUGAUCAGGGGUGAUCCGACAUCGUUGCUGAGCACCGUGGAUACGCCGUCGUCGAUGACCUGUCUGUCGAAUGACGACCAGCAGGAGCCAUUCCAGACCUUCAAUCCGCCGUAUUACGCGGUUGGGCAUCUCGUCUCCUCGCAGCAGCAACCGUCGGUGAUCAAUUUCGCCGGUGAGCUCGUGGGCACGACGGAUGAUCUCGGCAAUCAGGUGAUACUACCACGGAAUGAGGGUCUGUUGCUCGGAAACAUAAAUCGACGUGUCACCGAGUCUAAGAUCGCUGAAAACGAGAAGAGCGAUAAGAUCUACGAUUGCGUGAGACCAGUGGACGAUAGCCUCGCGUCGACUUAUCAAUGCCGCUGGAUCGACUGCGGCUGUGCGUUCGCGGAACAGGAGGGCCUGGUGCGGCACAUCGAGAGGCGGCACGUGGAGUCAUCCUCGGGGAACGCGCACGGCCACGGCAGGCGGGUCCAACGGGACCGGGACAAGGAGCGAGAUGGCAAGGAGGCGUCGGAGGGUUUCCCCCCCGGAGUCGCCUCGACGACGGCGACUACGACGGGCCGCGAGGACGAGUUUGCUUGCCUCUGGCAAGGAUGUCCACGAGCGCGGCCCUUCAACGCGAGAUACAAGUUGCUGAUCCACAUGCGCGUUCACACGCAAGAAAAGCCGAAUAAAUGCCCGUUCGCUGGCUGUAAAAAGGCCUUUAGUCGCUUGGAAAAUUUGAAGAUUCAUCAGAGAUCUCACACAGGCGAAAGGCCUUAUGCGUGUCAACACGAUGGUUGCUCGAAGGCAUUUAGCAACAGCAGUGAUCGGGCUAAGCAUCAGAGGACACAUUACGACAGAAAACCGUACGCUUGCCAAGUAAGCGGCUGCGGCAAACGAUACACAGAUCCCUCGAGUCUUAGAAAGCAUCUGAAGAAUCAUACGGAGAACUCGAGUCCAUUGUCCAAUCUAUUGUCGUCGGAUAAAAUAUCAGCGACCAACGUGACGACCAACAGUGCAAUAGGACAUAAAUUAAGUUCGACGAUUCCUCACCAAGGAAGCCAAAACGACGCCUGCAUCUUCGACGUGGAAACGAAUCAUCCGUCGUUCAAGCUUUCUAAAAUUUAUGUCAAAGAGGAGGAUACAUUGCCGAACAACACGUAUCAGAUGAAUAGAAUCUCCCUGAAUUUCGAAAGCAAUCAGCAGGAGUACGUGCCAAUCGAAUCGGUUCGUCAUCUUCUGAUCAACGACAUCACUAAAAUGCAAAAUGAGAAUACAGGAGGAUACUGCGCGCCCGCGGAGGGCGACGGGCCGGAUUUCCACGAGCUCGGCGCCGACAUUGAACGACAAUUCCACGAGCUGAAUGCCCUGAACGACGCGAUCUUCAUCGACGGAUAAGUCUCUUCGAUAGAAAAAUUUCCCUUCCUGAGGAAAGCGACACAUCAAGGAACGAAUGGCUGAAGAAACGUUCGGUUUGCCGAACGGCCUGAACGACGCGAUCUUCAUCGAGGGAUAAACUUCCUCGGCGGGAGAGUUUCUUUCCUGAUGAAAGCGAAACAGAGUGCGAUGUAUCAAGGAAGAAUAGAAUACGUUCGGUUUGCCGAAUGCUCUACUCUUCUCGUAAUUUCAUGCGUAUAUUCGAUUAUCUUCAUCUAAUUAAGAUUCGUAUUUGUAUAAUCAUUUCGAAUAGCUCCGUUGUCGUAUACGUAAUUAUAAUUGUUAAACUCUA